AAAGGCCAAAAUCGCCCCACCCUACUUACAACUCGUUCUUGUGUUUGACCACUGACAUCUCUCUGUUAUUGACUCCUUUUCAGCUGCUGCCAAGUCGAGACGAGAGUCGUUGUUUUGUCCCGCUGAGCUGGAUUCCCUUUUCUCCUACUUCCACGCAGGAUCCGGACCUCGAAGCCUCAGCAGCGACAGCGGUUUAGGCAGCACCGACGGAAGCACCGACUUUCUGAUGAUGGGGCCAAUGGUGGACAGCGUGACGGAAGAAGAAUGUGAGGCAUCCGAAGCCUCGAGCGGCGAGGCCGAUCAUGACACGUCGGACCCGGAGGACAGCGGGCACCUCCACCCCGGGGCGCUCCUGUACAGAGCAGCCAGAGCUCGCAACAUCACCGUCAUGGCCGAAGCGCUGGCGCACGGCGCCGACGUCAACAUGGUUAAUCAGGAGGACCAAGAGAAGACGCCCCUCAUCCAGGCUGUGAUUGGGGGUUCCUUGCUGGCCUGCGAGUUCCUGCUCCAAAACGCCGCUGAUGUCAAUCAAAGAGAUGCGAGAGGGCGGGGCCCCCUGCAUCACGCCACCUAUCUGGGCCACACAGGGCAGGUGUGUUUAUUCCUAAAACGAGGCGCCGCCCAGAACGACGGCGAUGAGGAUGGCCACGACCCGUUGAGCAUUGCGGUGCAGCAAGCCAAUGCUGACAUCGUCACAACGCCUCAGCAGUGA